CUUAAAUAAUAAUUCUAUUAAAAUGUAUUGAACUUAACUUAAAUCAAAAUUGUCCUUAAAAAUAAAUGUUUAAAAAAAAAACACUUAAACAGUAAGUGCAAAUGUAUGGGACCGUACUUAAAAGUUAAAUACAACUGAACUGUACUUAAAAAUGUCUGUACUUGAAAAGGAAAAAAAUAUAUACUGUAUAUGGAAGAAGCUUAAUCUUUAUUCUAAUACAAUGGUGCCUUGGGAUACGAGUUGAAGUCAUUCCGUGACUACGCUUGUAACUCAGAACACUCGUCUCAAAUCAUCUUUUCCCAUUGAAAUGAAUGGAAAUGGAAAUGGAAAUGCCAUUAAUCCGUUCCAGCCUUCCCCCAUAAAGCAACCAAAGAUUUUGUAAAGUGUAUUUUAAUGAGGAAAAGUAAUAUUAAUAGUAAUAUACAUAAUAUUGUACUUUAUAUCAAUAGUAAUGCUAUAAUUCUCCUUCUGGUGUGCCCACCUUGGCCACGUGGAGGUGGUAUAAAACAGGAUAUACUGUUCAUUGAGGCGUUAUUGUGAAUCCCACUACAGUUUUAGAAUGUUUAAAAAUUGUCCAAAACAGCCCCCAAAGGCAGUUUCACUUAGCAUCAUAAAACUUGGUAGGCAGGUCUAUCACGAGUAGACCCCCAAAACAGACGAGGCUUAACGUAUUUGUUUUUGUCUGUGCGUGUGGUGAAUUUAGAGUCGGAACCCUGACAAUGUAGCUCCCCGCGGUCGUAAAUAUCGGGUCGGGUUGGGCACUUACUCCCGUGCACAGUGACCGUACAGGGCCUGACCCUUUUGGGUCUUCGUUCACUGCUGAUGUCAUUCUUGAGGGGUGUGUGUGCAUGAAUGUUGCGGUACCAGGUGCCUUUCUGACAUGCUAGCUGACAUGCAAUUAAAAGGCGCACUCUCACAAUCAACACUAAUAGCUUCCAUGCGCGGAGCGAAGUGGAGGGCCCCCGCCCCUCCCCCAACAAAGAGACACUCUGUUUUGGAUGCGAUGUACAGAUGGCGGGGAUGUUGUCGGCACGUGUUGGCAGGAGGGCGCUUAGGUGGGUUGUGGGGGUUGAGCUCGCAUCACUGAUGAAAUUGGAGCCACGAGGCAGCUGCGGCACAUCUGUCUCAUCCGCUGACACGUGGCACAUUCGACUCGCUGUGUGAAGCUCAAAAGAGUUUUCUAAUGACACAGACGCCGAGAUGCGCGCGGUGUGGAUUUUACAGGUGACGCCUGGAAAUGGGCUUGGUGACCUGAUGCCAAGUCCAUUUCAUUCAUCUUGGGCCAAUUCACAACAGAAGUUAUCUUUACUUUUACACUAGCUUUCGUUUGUUAAAACUGACAACACUGUUACGAAUACUCUAAUCUCACACGCACACAUGCACCGCAGACAUACUGCUAACGUUCAAGCUGAGAGCAGGCGAGAACCGGUUGGAUAGGGAGCCGCUGAGGGAACUAAGAGUUAUCUGAAAAGAGGAUCCAGGAUCCCACGAGAGAAGGAAGCGAGCCCCUUGCGCUGUAUGAUGCCACUCGACCAUAGCCUUGCAAACCAUAUACCUUGUAAAUUUGUAUACGUGAUUUUGUUGUAUUAAUCACUCACAAAAACAAGUUCAAUUAAACGUUUAACACAUUGAGACAUUCAAUAUUAACCAUACUCAGUAUUCCUUGGGAGGAGCCGAGAGGUCUACUACUCUACUACAGCAGGGGUGUCAAACAAUUUUUGUAGUUAUGACUUCCCUGGGAGGAAUGAAUUGGUAAUGAAUUAUUACCUCAUAUCAUUAAAUACACACAACAAAUUGAUGGAUAACUAGUUUGGAAAUCAGAAGCCUGUAAAACACAGGUGUCAAACUCAAGGCCCGGUGGCCAGAUCUGGCUCGCCACAUGAUUUUGUGUGGUCCGUCAAAGUGCGUUAACGUCCAUGGUUCUUGCUAAAAAUAUGUUCCAAAAUUUGACACUUUUGUUGCACAGACGAUCAUGUACAGUAUCAUAUAUCUGUCCAUGUCUUAUACUGCCCCCAGGUGGCUAAGGUGUUUUUAUGAAGUGCAGUUUUAACGAGUGGGAAUUUUCUCAUUUAAAAAAAAAAAGAAAACACAGUGCAAAUUUUUGUUGUUGUUUUCUGGGGAGGCUGGAACAGUUUCAUGACAUUUUGUAUUCAUUUCCAAUGGGAAAGAUGAUUUGACUCGUAGCUCAAGGCCCCCGCCACUGUACAGCGUCGCUGUUGGGCGGAAUCCUCACGUCUCCAAAAUGAGCACUUUUCACCAAAUCCCCCAAAUCUUGCUUGAGUCGUUCAAGUUGGAAGCUUACAUGGCUAUCGUAAACCGUUGCGCACCAACAUCAAGACGACACCACCUCCAAUAUUCAAUAUUUUGAGCACUUUUUCCAAAAUUGGUGAUAUUUUUUUCCACUGUCGCCCGAAGUCAACUGGGAUGGGCUCGUGUCCGCAUUGAAGCACUUAAAACCACAUGAAACACCGUAAGGAGUAAUCGGAAAGGGCCAUUAACGCCAGUCGGGGGUCAGGGUCGUAUAGAACCUGCCCAGGGGUCAAGGGAGGCCGAAGUUCUUGUUCCAGACACGGCAUCGGCUGCGCGAACAGAACUUGCGGGCGGAGGCGCAUUUGAAGCCUUCAUGCUGAGACGUUCUUUACACUUUUAAGUGGUUUGACUCAAUAUUUGAAUCUCGACAACAACAUGAAUGACCGAUGUGAUCGAGUAUUUUUAGCAGAGAUGAGCACGCAUAAGGCAAACGGAUCCGCACGUGGCUCUGGUUCAAGGUUUAAAAGUAGGGUAUCAAGACCGGCUUGGGCUUUCCAGAUAAUUAGGAUUUUAAGCUUGCGUAAAGGUUUUAAGGUAAAACUAAGCUUUCAAGACUGGGUCAGGGCUUCCUCUUUGAUUUCCUCACUCUUUUUGGUUUCUUUCCUCUUUGAUUUUGCGUAUUUCUCUGCUCCAUCCAGGUCGCUUCCUCCGAAGUGUCCAUUCGCUACUUAGCAUUAGCCUCUAAUGCCUUGCGCCAACUCAUUGUAAUGUCAACAUUUUCACUUCCUAGAAAGACACAAGCUGUAAAUAAUCUUCAUGCGGUCGACAUCAUCGCAUCUACGCAGCAAAAACCAAACAGCCAAGCACGUGUCUUUUAUAUCUCGUGGCCAAAAGGCCUCGGGAUCAGUUGAGUACGGUCCGACAAAGGGGUAGCGGGACAGGUAAACCGAUCCCGAGUCAGCCACUAAAGCGUGUAUCGGAUCAGCCGCCGCACGGGAAGCUUCCCACGAGGCCCCGCGGCUGUUAUUUUAUCACGCCGGCAACACAUUUGGCGGCUGUGUGCGACUUCAUCAGUCGACUAACUGGUCCGGUCGGUGUGUGUGUUUGUCUGCUUGUGUGUGUGUGUGUGUGUGCGUGUAUGUGUGCGUGUGUGCAUGGUUCCAGGGUUGAAUGCUCAGCCAAGAACACACUUGCACUUGAAUCGCACCGCAUGAGGAUGGCAUGGCUCGGAGAAUAAUAGUCAAUAAUAGAGUGUAUUGACAUAUGACUUUUUCCAUUGUGAUUAACUCGGACAAGCCUUACUCGGCAGCCCUGGUGAGUAUCGACUUUAUUUAUGUAUUUAUUUACUUAUUUCUUUAUUUAUAUCUGAUUGAGUGCUUAGGGGUUCAAAUUAGGGUUUCAAAUUGGAGUUUCAAGACAGGGUACUAGGGAUGAAAGACCUUAAGGGUUUCAGGAGUAGGCCCGGUUUUCAGGGUUCAAGUUUCAAGACUGAGUUAGUGUUUCAAGCCAGGGAUAGGGUUUCAAACUAGCGGUUCAAGACGGGUUUAGGGUAUGUUGUGAUUAGCUCGAGCUAGCUGUACUCUGCAUCAGCGGCGAGUAUUCACUAUAUUAUUUUUUAUUUGGUUGAGUGACUGAGUUAUUUUUGUUAUUGAAUUUUGGUAUUUGUAUUUUUAUUUUGUAGAAUACAAUUGAAUAAGAUAAAUCCAUGAUUAAGCAUUAAUAAAGCAUUUACUGAGGUACUCUGGUUGGAGUUUGCUGGCUGGUUGGUUGGUUAGUUAGCUAGGCUAUUUCAGUCCGCUUGCAUUGGCGCCCCAAGUGAGGAAUGAGUGCUUGGGUCAAAUUCGGGUUUCGAAACUGGGUUAGGGAUUCAAAAUAGGGUUUAUAAAUAGACUUUCUAUUCUCGGUUAGGGUUUCAAAUUAAGGGUUUAAAGCAAAAUGUUUAAAACUAGGGUAUCAAAGGAGAUUAAGGCUUUGAAUUGUUAUUUCAAGACAGAGUUCCAAGGCUGGGUUGGGGUUUCAAGUUAGGGUUUUGAGCCUAUGUUCAGAGUUUCAAAGUAAUGUUUCAAGCCAAAGAGUUUCAACUUUGUUUCAAGUUGAAGUUUUAAGGUUUGGUUACAGUUUCAAGUCAGAGUUAAGGUUUCAAGACUGAUCAGGAGUUUUGGGGGUGGGUUAGGGUUUCAAUUCAGGGUCAGGGUUUCAAAUUAGGGUUAUGUUCUCAAAUUAGAGUUUCAAGACUGGGUUAGGGUUUCAAAUUGGGGUUUGAGACCUGGGCGAGGGUUCCAAAGUAGUGUUUCAAGCCAGAGUUUGAAGUUUCCAAUCAGGCCUGAGAUAGGGUUUCAAGACUCUGACUGUGUUUUGUUUCAAGUUCAGGUUUGAAGGCUUGGUUCGGGUUUCAACUCAGGGUUAAGACUUCAAAUGAGGGUUCCAAGCCUGGGUGAGGAUGCAUUCGGGUUUCAAACAAGAGUUAAGGUUCCAAAGUGGAGAUCCAAGCCUGGGUUCAGAUUUCAAAACAAGGUUUCAAACCAGGGUUAGGGUUGGCUGAUACAGUCCACUUGCACUGGGGCCCAAGCAACUGUUCUUUCGGCAUUUGAAUGGCAAUCGUCAUCAUCUUGUGCUUGUUUGUUCCUCAGCAGUAAAUAAAUGCAUUGCGGGCAUCUGGAGGGAGACAAACGCCAUCUGAAGCCGACAAAUGGCCGUACAGGAGUGCCCCCAGUCGGCCUUGCUCCUGACCUCUGUAAUGGCGGCAAUUCUGGGCUCCCUGCAGGUGGGCUACCACACGGGGAACAUCAACGCCCCUGCCAAAAUCAUUGAGGAGUUCUUCAACCAGACCUGGAGGGACAGGUAUAAUGAAACGAUGUCAGAGCAGAGCCUCACUCUGCUGUGGUCCCUCUCUGUCAGCAUCAAGGACUUUGGAGCCCUACUGGGCUGUCUGGGAGUCAAAUACGUGGCGGACUCUUUUGGACGGCGUAACUCCAUCCUGAUCGUCAACUGCCUGUCGGUGGUGGGGACGGGCCUGAUGGUGGUGUCCAAAGUCAGCGAGUCGUUUGAGACUCUGAUCCUGGGCAGGCUCCUGUUCGGUCUCUUCUGCGGCCUGGUGAUGAGCCUCAAUCCGCUUUACAUCCAGGAGGUGUCGCCCACCGUACUGAGGGGCGCCUUCGCCACCCUCAACCAGGUGGCCUACGCCUCGGGAAUCCUGCUGGGGAUGGUGUCCGGACUGGAGACCAUACUGGGCACGGAGGAACUUUGGUCCAUAAUGCUAUCCUUGUCCCUGAUCCCGGCGCUGGCGCAGUACCUCAUCCUGCCUUUCUGCCCCGAGAGCCCCCGAUACCUGCUCAUCAACAAGGGGCAGGAGGCCAAGGCUGACGCCGCCCUGCUCCGACUGCGAGGAAGUCCCGGUGGGGUGUCGGCCGAGCUGGAGGAGAUGAAAGGCGAGGCGGCCCGCACUCAGGCGGCCGUCGGCGUCCUGGAGUUUUUCCAGAAGCGAAGCUACAGGCAGCCGAUCAUCAUCGUCCUCUGCGUCAGCAUGGGCAGCCAGCUGUCCGGAUUCAACGCGAUCAUCAAUUAUUCCACCAGAAUGUUCCAGGCUAACUUUGAAGAGGCCAAAUACCUGACGUUGGGCGUGGGGGCCAUCAACGUGGUCUUCACUUUGGUGGCCGUGAGUCCUCGUUGUCACAUCGUCGCAGUGGCUACAAGCGCACCCGAGUCCUUCAGUCACGUUUGUACGUUCCUCUCGUUCCAUCUUCAGUUCUUCCUGAUGGAAAAGGCCGGAAGGAGGCGACUGCUCCUGAUCGGGUUUGUCUCCAUCGCCGUGUCCAACCUCUUAUUGACCGUCGUGGAUUUGGUGGUGUCCACGGUGCCCGAGUUGGCGAGCUUGCAGGUCCUGCUGGCGUUCUGCCUGGUCUCGGCGUACGAGUUCGGGCCGGGCCCCAUCUCCUGGUUCAUCGCGGGCGAGCUAUUCGACCAGCCCGGCAGGUCCAUCGCCAUGGCCUACGCCAGCAUCCUCAACUGGGGAGGGAAGUUCCUCCUGGCGCUGCUCUUUCCUCCCAUACUGGUGAGUCUCCAGUCCACAUCCUCAUGGACCCAUUUCCUGUCCUAUUUGCCUCUUUCCCGUUCGUUUUCUCUUUUUGUUUUUUUCUUGCACGCAGAAAGUCAUCGGCGGCUACUCUUACCUCCUCUUCAUGGUCAUGGCUCUGAUGGGCUUCACCUUUACCUGGUUUCGAGUUCCCGAGACCAAGGGCCGCACGUUCGACGAGAUCGCGGAGGAGUUCCGGGGGUCGGAAAACCUCCCGUUGCAGAAUAAGAAGGGAUUCAACACCUUCCCUUGAACGGACCUUUGGCGUACGGCUCUGUAGGGUUAGAAAAGGGGGCGGCCCACCGCCAGUGACCCCAACCAUUCCAAAAUGUCACACCACUCCACUGGACGUACAAGAAGCCAGGAGGUGCACCGAGGAACUCAGUACCUAAAGACUCAAAAACUGUUAACUGGAACUUUCAUUCCCUUUAUCUUAAUAGCAUUGACACAGCGCCACCCAGUGGAUGCAAGUAAGAAUUUUAAAACACCAUGCAAGAUUCAUUUGGAACUUUUGAAAUCUUUUUGGAGCGGGACAAGAGCUUGGUUUGUCCCAAACUAAAUUAAUUAGGAAGCGUAAGCAAAAAUAUAAUCAUGACAAUCACAGUCACAGUAACCGCGAAGUGACUUGAUGAACGGGAGAUGAUGAGAAGAAGUUAACAAAAAGAGAAGAAGUUAACAAAACAUACUAUCAAAUAAUAUUUAAAUAAUAUGUAAAAGUAUCAAAUAUGAUCUGUAUAUUGCGAUAUAUAGUACUGACAGAUCGAAGCAACACAACAAAGCGAUGUGAACAGAAAAAGAAGACCGAUAGUGAAACAGAAAAUAUGAGUUUUAAACACUUUAUUAUAGGAAAAUGAAAAAAACUGUACUUACUGUCAAUGAUUCAAAUACAAUGUAUUGCACAUAAAAGUUAGGUAAAAACUGUACCGAAGGAAAUAUUUAAAAAAGCAAACAGUUCUUAAAAGAUUAAACAACUGAAUUGUACUUGAGAAAUGGUUCUUUCGUAUACCACGAGAGGGAGCCCGCAUUCCACGCUUUUACAAUCACUGCUCUAAACCAAGAGGGGGCGCCAAAUAGCUAGAAAGUCAAGGAGCAUUCUGGGUACCGUUUUCUGUUGAUCAAAGAAGGUCCGUGUCACCUCCCCUGUUAAUGCAUCUUGCAACUGAAUGGACCGGAAAGUGGAGCUCUUAGAUUUCAACUAACAUGAUCGCGACAGUGCUGAUAUUCGGCCAACUGCAGACCGGAACAGCAUCGGACGGCGUAAGGGUGCACCAAACACCGCCGUUCAUCGUAAAGAGACUCGGCGAAGACGCCGCCAAAGAAAUAUGACGCUCGCACAACGUCAAGGAUGACAAUGUCAUCAUCCUCUGGUUACAAGCACUAUGGAGCGCCUGGGCUAUCAUAAAUGGAUGCUCGCUCAAUCCGGCUUUCCAAAAAUCAAUUGAUGUAAAAUAUCACAAUAAAAGUGCACAUCACAUCAAAUUAAUAGUGGAUUGAUUAUGUCCUUUAGUUGAUUAAAUGUUGAAAGGCAAACAUACUGUACAACACUACAGCUGUUGUCGUUUUGAUUCGUCUUUUACUUUGUAAACCCACUUACAUUGUCUAUCAUUACAUUAUUAUGUUUUAUACAAUACAGUGUUAUUUUCUUUUAUGAAAAAUGUAUCAGUAACAAAUGUGUUUUUUUGGGGGCUUGGGGGGCUGGAACGGAUGAAUGUCAUUUUAAUUCAUUUCAGUGGGUAAUACUGAUUUGAUAUUUUCGUAAAUUUGCAUUACGAGCUUGGUCGCGUAACGGAUGAAAUUUGUAAGUCAAGGUACCACUGUAGUUGGUUAAUCAUAAAUAAGAUAACAAAGCCUUCAUUAGUCCCACAAUGAGGAAAUUUGCAACGCGAACAAAGGUGCUCAAGAUUUGAAAUUGUGGGAGAGGGGGGGACUCGUGCGCCGGAAAAAAAAAAAGAAAUAUAUAUGUAAAAACUAUAAAAGUUCAAUACAACUGAACUAUACUUGGGCAGUGGUUCUUUUGCAUACCACUAGAGGGGGCCUGCGCGCCAUCCUUUGAGAAUCACUGCUUUACAUCAACAGGGGGCGCCAAACAUCAGCUAGAAAGUCAAGCUGCAUUCUGGGUACUUUUCUCUGUUGAUAAACAGAAGUCGGUGACAGCCCUCCUGUUAUUUUCAAGGACCGGACGGGCAAA